AUGAGUGACGGCCCAGCGAGCGAACCAGGCUUUGUGGAUUCGAGGACUGUACUGCUACUCGUAGCAAGCCAAGUCGUACUAUUAGCCGUUGUGAGAUGUCAGGAGGAGGACGACCUGGAGGACGCAUUUAGCUGUAUACAAGACGGACAACGCUAUAGCGACAAGGAUGUAUGGAAACCAGAGCCUUGUCGUAUCUGUGUGUGUGACACGGGAAAAGUCCUGUGCGACGAAAUUAUCUGCGAGGAGUUAAAAGACUGCCCCAAACCUGAAAUCCCAUUUGGAGAGUGUUGCCCCAUCUGCGCUGCUGACCAAGCCCCGCCAAGUGGUCGUAAUUUAUUUCAGGGUCAGAAAGGUGAACCUGGAGACAUUACUGAUGUUGUAGGACCAAGAGGACCACCUGGCCCUAUGGGCCCACCUGGAGAGCAAGGAUCACGAGGCUCAAGAGGGGAUAAAGGCGAGAAGGGAAGCCCUGGCCCCCGUGGCAGAGAUGGUGAGCCUGGUACCCCCGGAAACCCCGGCCCCCCUGGGCCUCCAGGACCUAAUGGACCCCCUGGCCUCGGAGGAAACUUUGCUGCCCAGAUGGCUGGUGGAUUUGACGAAAAAGCCGGUGGCGCUCAGAUGGGCGUGAUGCAAGGACCAAUGGGCCCCAUGGGUCCCAGAGGACCACCCGGCCCUACCGGAGCACCUGGCCCACAAGGUUUCCAAGGCAACCCAGGAGAGGCUGGAGAGCCCGGACAAUCUGGCCCCAUGGGGCCUCGUGGCCCCCCUGGACCAUCUGGCAAACCUGGAGAUGAUGGUGAAGCUGGUAAACCUGGCAAGCCCGGUGAGCGUGGACCAGCUGGACCUCAGGGAGCCCGUGGAUUCCCAGGAACUCCUGGUCUCCCCGGCAUCAAGGGACACAGAGGGUAUCCAGGUCUUGAUGGCCCAAAGGGAGAGUCUGGAGCCGCUGGGUCUAAGGGUGAGUCUGGUGCCCCUGGUGAGAAUGGCGCUCCUGGACCAAUGGGACCUCGUGGUCUGCCUGGUGAGAGAGGCCGCCCUGGACCCUCUGGAGCAGCUGGUGCACGUGGAAAUGAUGGUUUGCCCGGUCCUGCUGGUCCUCCUGGUCCUGUUGGUCCUUCUGGAGCUCCAGGCUUCCCUGGAUCUCCUGGUGCAAAGGGGGAAGCAGGCCCCACCGGUGCUCGUGGACCUGAAGGCGCCCAGGGUCCCCGUGGAGAGUCUGGCACUCCAGGAUCACCUGGCCCCUCCGGAGCAUCUGGCAAUCCUGGUACAGAUGGUAUCCCUGGCGCUAAAGGAUCAGCUGGUGCUCCUGGAAUUGCUGGGGCUCCUGGUUUCCCCGGACCCCGUGGACCUCCCGGACCCCAGGGAGCCACUGGACCUCUUGGGCCUAAGGGAACAUCUGGUGACCCAGGUAUUCCAGGGUUCAAGGGAGAAGCUGGACCCAAAGGAGAGAUUGGACCAGGCGGUCCUCAGGGAGUCCAUGGCCCAGCAGGAGAGGAGGGCAAGAGAGGACCCAGGGGAGAGCCUGGUGCUGCUGGACCCAUCGGACCUCCAGGCGAGAGAGGAGCCCCAGGUAAUCGUGGUUUCCCCGGUCAGGAUGGUCUGGCUGGUCCCAAGGGAGCCCCUGGCGAGCGUGGACCCUCUGGCGCUGGUGGCCCCAAGGGUGCUAAUGGUGACCCUGGUCGCCCAGGAGAGCCCGGACUUCCUGGUGCUAGAGGUCUUACUGGUCGCCCUGGUGAUGCUGGGCCUCAAGGCAAAGUCGGACCCUCUGGAGCUGCUGGUGAGGAUGGUCGGCCAGGACCCCCCGGCCCCCAGGGAGCCCGUGGACAGCCUGGUGUCAUGGGAUUCCCCGGACCCAAAGGAGCAACUGGUGAGCCUGGAAAGCCUGGUGAGAAGGGACUCUUGGGUGCACCUGGUCUGAGAGGUCUGCCUGGUAAGGAUGGAGAGACUGGCGCCGCUGGACCCCCUGGCCCAGCUGGCCCCGCUGGAGAGAGAGGAGAGCAAGGACAGCCCGGUCCCUCUGGUUUCCAGGGUCUUCCUGGACCUCCUGGCCCACCUGGUGAGGGAGGCAAACCUGGAGACCAGGGUGUUCCCGGAGAAGCUGGAGCCGGUGGUGCUACUGGACCCAGAGGUGAGCGUGGUUUCCCAGGAGAGAGAGGAGGUGCCGGCCCUCAGGGUCUGCAGGGACCUCGUGGUCUACCUGGAACUCCUGGAACUGAUGGACCUAAGGGAGCCAUUGGACCUGGUGGUGCCCCCGGAGCCCAGGGACCCCCUGGCCUGCAGGGUAUGCCCGGUGAGAGAGGAGCCUCAGGCAUUCCUGGACCUAAGGGAGACAGAGGUGACAAUGGAGAGAAAGGACCUGAGGGUGCUCCUGGCAAAGACGGCGCUAGAGGUCUCACUGGUCCCAUUGGUCCUCCUGGCCCUGGCGGCCCCAACGGCGAGAAGGGUGAAUCUGGUCCUUCCGGUCCUCCAGGAGCUCCUGGUGCACGUGGUGCUCCUGGUGACAGGGGUGAGACUGGACCUCCUGGACCUGCUGGAUUUGCUGGACCACCUGGUGCUGAUGGUCAGCCUGGAGCCAAGGGAGAGCAGGGAGAAGGUGGACAGAAGGGUGAUGCCGGUGCCCCUGGACCCCAAGGACCCUCGGGGGCUCCCGGACCUGCGGGUCCCACUGGUGUCUCCGGACCUAAAGGUGCUCGCGGUGCUCAGGGACCUCCUGGUGCUACUGGUUUCCCUGGUGCUGCUGGUAGAGUUGGACCCCCUGGUCCCAAUGGUAACCCUGGAACUUCUGGUCCCGCCGGCCCUCCUGGUAAAGAUGGCCCCAAGGGUGUGAGAGGAGAUGGUGGUCCUCCUGGCCGACAGGGUGACCCUGGACUCCGUGGGCCUGCUGGUACUUCUGGAGAGAAGGGGGAUCCUGGCGAGGAUGGUCCUCCUGGUCCUGAUGGUCCCUCAGGUCCUCAGGGUCUGGCUGGUCAGCGUGGUAUUGUUGGUCUACCAGGACAGCGCGGUGAGAGAGGUUUCCCCGGCCUCCCAGGACCAUCUGGCGAGCCUGGGAAGCAGGGAGCUCCUGGUUCUGCUGGGGACCGUGGACCCCCUGGACCUGUUGGACCCCCUGGACUAACUGGGCCUGCUGGAGAGCCCGGAAGAGAGGGCAACGCUGGGUCUGAUGGACCUCCUGGUAGAGAUGGUGCCACUGGAAUCAAGGGUGAUCGUGGUAACACGGGUCCUGCUGGUGCUCCAGGUGCUCCAGGUGCUCCCGGUGCUCCUGGACCAGUUGGCCCAACUGGCAAACAGGGAGACAGAGGAGAGGCUGGAGCCCAAGGGCCUGCCGGACCUUCUGGACCUGCUGGAGCCAGAGGAAUGGCUGGACCCCAAGGACCACGUGGUGACAAGGGAGAGGCUGGAGAGAGUGGUGAGAGAGGACAGAAGGGACACAGAGGCUUCACCGGUCUGCAGGGUCUACCUGGACCUCCCGGUCAAGCUGGAGACCAGGGUGCUACUGGACCUGCUGGACCUUCCGGAGCAAGAGGACCUCCUGGACCCGUUGGCCCUGCUGGAAAGGAUGGUUCCAAUGGUCUACCAGGACCCAUUGGACCCCCUGGACCUCGUGGUCGUUCUGGAGAGACCGGUCCUUCUGGUCCCCCAGGAAACCCCGGACCCCCCGGUCCCCCUGGCCCUCCAGGCCCUGGCAUCGAUAUGUCCGCCUUUGCCGGCCUCUCUCAGACUGAAAAGUCCCCCGAUCCUCUUAGGUACAUGAGGGCUGACCAGGCUUCAGGAAACCUCCGCCAGCAUGAUGCCGAGGUAGACGCCACGCUCAAAUCCCUCAACAACCAAAUUGAAAACAUCCGUAGUCCCGAGGGAUCCAAGAAGAACCCUGCCCGUACCUGCAGGGACCUGAAGCUUUGCCACCCCGACUGGAAGAGCGGAGAGUACUGGAUUGAUCCUAACCAGGGAUGUACCAUUGACGCAAUCAAGGUCUUCUGCAACAUGGAGACAGGGGAGUCAUGCGUCUACCCCAAACCUUCCAGUAUCCCUCGCAAGAACUGGUGGUCAAGCAAGAGCAAGGACCGCAAACACGUCUGGUUCGGAGAGACAAUGAAUGGAGGAUUCCAUUUCAGCUAUGGUGAUGACAGCCUGGCGCCCAACACUGCUGCCAUCCAGAUGACCUUCCUGAGACUCCUGUCCACAGAAGCUUCCCAGAACCUCACCUACCACUGCAAGAACAGCGUGGCCUACAUGGACGCCUCCACCGGCAACCUGAAGAAGGCCGUCCUGCUGCAGGGCUCUAACGAUGUAGAGAUCAGGGCGGAGGGCAACAGCCGCUUCACCUACAACGUCAUGGAGGACGGCUGCACGAAACACACAGGACAGUGGGGCAAGACAGUGAUUGAGUACAGAUCGCAGAAGACCUCCCGUCUGCCCAUUGUGGACAUUGCCCCGAUGGAUAUCGGCGGAGCAGAUCAGGAGUUCGGAGUUGACGUUGGCGCAGUCUGCUUCUUGUAAAGGAUGAGGUAUCGUUAAAAAGAUGAAAUAAGAAGUGGAAAGCAAGAAUAAAACAAGAUGAGAGAGGAACACACUUCAUCAAAAAAAGGAAGAGAGAUAGAGAAAAAGAAAGAUCAAGACACUUUGUUUUCUUUUUUUUUGUAAACGGGACAUUUUUUUCUAAGUAAAAAAAAAAGUGCUUUUCCAAGUCAUACUCCGUAGGAUAUCUGCACUGAAUGGCACCAGCAACUGUCAUCUGUGAUUCAUCCAGCAUUGCCGACCCUUCAAAUCACCUCUUAAGGACACCCAGCACCCCCCACCCCCGCCAACCCCCGCCAGAGCCCACACCUCACUCUGGGUGAACAACAAAUUCCCCCCUAUGUGCAAGAAGGAGGAAGUAUGAUGAGAAUGAGGGAACAUGCCAGGGAAUGAGCGUGAGAGAGAGAUAAAGAUGUGUCUGGUGUUAUUUAUUUAUUGUUUAGGUUUGGGUCCCAGGUGUGUCAGGACUAAAUGUGUUGCCUAGUCAAAAAAAAAAAAAAACCUCAAAGCAACAUAUUUAAUAAUAAAAAGCCCUUCUCCUCCACCAUUCUCACCUCCUCCUUCCUCUCCUUUACCUUAUCCCAUCUCUCUCUCUGUACACUAAAGCAUACAUAUCUCAUUUAAACCAAAAAAAAAAAAGAAGAAAUGAUCUUGCAAUAGUAAGUGCAGGUGUGCCUAUUUCUACCACCACAGUGUGUAUCGGAAAGUUACUGUGUAUUAUAAUAAAGUCAAUGGUGCUAUUGUUGUAAAACAGUCUGUAUUUUUUAAAAACCAGAUACCGAUAUGUAGCGACAUGUAUAUAUGUAUAUAUAUGUAUAUGUGUAUACAUAUAUAUACAAGUUCUCAGAAAGUACAUUUCGCCCUGGGAUUUUGUAUUGCAGCGUGAUCAAUUUCCCUUAACGGCACUCCCCGCCUCACCUCCCAUUCCCAUUUAAGCCCUGAUACAUAAACAAACAGGUCUGCGAUGAAUUUUGUAUGAUCCAGACGUGUCCAAUUUGGAGCGAACCCUAAUAUGAAAUUUCAAUCUUGGUUUCAUUUCAAUUUUUUUUGUUUGUUUUUGUUUUAAUAUUCGAAAGCUACCUCACACUAAAAAAAACAAAACAAAAAAACAACACAAGCAAAGUGAAAAUUAGC